AGCUGUUUCUACAAAAUUCUUCAAAACAUCCAACAUUGCACAUUUCGUUCUCUGCAGACUUAGACGCAAGGUCUGACGCCAACAUGCUCUUGUUCCUCUUCUUGUUUGGCCUGGCUCUGGCUGCAGAGUCCCCUUCAGGUGGCCUGCAAGUGAUGCUACAGCGUGGAAACUGUCCCACGUUCUGGUACAACUUCAAUGGUCGCUGCUACAAAUACGUCUCUACACAUCUGAGCUGGGCUGAUGCAGAACUACACUGUGUGUCAGAGGGAGCCAACCUGGUGUCUAUCCACAGUCUGGAGGAACAGACGUUUGUCAAAGACCUAAUCAAGAACUUUGACCACAGUGAGGGAUAUACUUGGAUUGGACUCCAUGACAUACCAAGAGAAGGAGGAUGGAUGUGGUCUGAUGGGUCUGCAGUCAACUUUACCUUCUGGGCACCAGGAGAGCCAAAUAACAACCAGGGUGGAAAUGAAGACUGUGCUCACCUCAACUUUGGCACCAACAGGAAAUGGAACGACAUAUGCUGUGAUUCAACUUACCCCUCUGUUUGUGAAAAACGCAUAGCCUGUUAAAUGAAAAGGUUUCAAAUUUCUGAUUCAACCAGGUCACUGUGCACCUGCUGGUCUGAGGACAUGCAUUAAGCCAUUACGUGUUGGUGUGAACAGAAGUCGUUUAACUAAGCUUUCAUGGAUGUUUGACAUUCAGACAGGAAACUCCAGUGGCUGAUCAAAGAGAAAAUUUCUUCCAAAAUUUGCAAAUGUCACCAAUCUUGAAUUUCCCUCGGGAUCAAUAAAGUAUCUAUCUAUCUAUCUAU